UCAGUUCUAUAAAUUAGCUGCAUUCCUACACAACUUCUACAAGUAUACCGAAACCAGCUGUUCCCUCGUUCAUUUUUCUGAUAUCCCAUUAGCUUCUUCUGUCUCCUUUCUUUCACUUCUAUUCUCCUGUUUGCAAUUAUUCAAGCCACAUCUAACAAAUCUAUCUAUCAUCAGAAACUUUUCGUUUCAUAAGCCCAGAAUCUCUCACUUCGGGAAUUUAAUACAUUUUCUGAUUAUCAAGUCAGACUUGUGAAUCUCUCUCAUAUCAUCAGAACAAGCAAAUGGCGGUGGAAACUGUUCUUAUUGAAAACCUGGGAGAUCAAGUGUUUAGCGCUCUCAUGAAUCAAGCUCAAUUUGCAAUUGACUUCAAAAAUCAAUUUCAAGCUUUGAAGACACAACUCGACCUCGUCAAAGCCUUUCUUGCUGACACAAAUAACCUCAAAAUGAAGAAGGAAACUCUCAAGACGAGCUUGAUCAAGCUGAGAGAUCUGGUUUACGAAGCAGAUGACAUAUUGACAGAUUGCGUUCUUAGAUAUGAUUAUCAGAAAGAUGGGUCCUGCUCCAAAUACACACCUGAUGAAUUUUUCUUCAGGUGUCGAAUGGGGAGGCAAUUGAUGGACUUGAACUCACGCAUGGGCAAGAUGGGGAGUGACUUGCGCGCAUAUUUAACUCCACAACAUCUUCUAUCAUUGGGAGACAACCCUUACCGAGCUAAGGUAUUUACCUCUCAGGAUUUUGAGCCAUCUGAGGUUAUUGGACUGGAAGAAGAUAUAGAAAAGCUAAAACGAUGGAUUUUUAGUGCAAGUGGAGUCCUCCAAAGAAUUGGCAUUGUGGGAAUGGGGGGCUUAGGUAAAACCACCAUUGCACAAAAGUUUUUUGGAGAUAGGGCGGUCGCUGGCUGCUUUGAUAAAAAAAUCUGGGUGUCCGUUUCUCAGGAUUUCAGUGAUGAAAAGAUAAUCAAGAGCAUAUUGGAGCAGUUACGAAAGAAUCCCUCCCCGGUGUCUGAUCUAGGCCAAAUGUUGCAUGCUAUCAACCAAUCACUUCAAGGUCAUAGUUGCCUCAUUGUCAUGGAUGAUGUUUGGAGCUUCAAUCAAGAAUUGUGGGGUAAGCUAUGUUCUGCUAUUCAAAAAACAGAAAAGAGAAGUUGUGUCAUGAUCACAACAAGACAUGAAGAUGUGGCAACCCAUAUGGGAGUUGAAAGUUCACGCAUUCACCACCCAAAAGUUCUUGAUGAUAAGGACAGCUGGUCAUUGUUCUGCAACUUUGCCUUCCAGGAGACCAAGGGAAAAUGUCAUAAACCCCAAUUUGAAAUAGUAGGCAAAGAAAUUGUGGGGAAAUGUGGGGGGCUCCCUCUUGCAAUUAAGACAAUAGCAGCCUCUCUUGCAACAGAAGUUCACAACCUUGGCAAGUGGAAAGACAUUCUUGAGCACUUCCAUGAAUUGACUACCAGGAAGCAAAAUAGCUCAGUUAAGACUUCUCUGCAAUUAAGCUAUGAUGCACUCCCUACACAUCUGAAGCAAUUUCUUCUAUGCUUCUCAAUUUAUCCUGAAGAUUCCGUGAUUCAAGCUGAGCAAUUAGUGCAUUGGUGGGUUGGAGAGGGCUUCAUCCAGAGAACAGAGGAGCACUCAAAAACCGCAGAGGACUUGGGAUAUGAAUAUUUGACAGAUCUAGUCAGAAGAUGCCUUGUAGAAGUUGUGAAGAGGCGUGGCUAUGAUGGAAGAGUCUACAGCUGUAAGAUGCAUGAUUUGGUUCGUGAUUUAACAACAAUGUUUGCUGAAGAUGAGAUGUUGUGUAGCUUUGAAGCAGGCAAGCAGAAAUUGUCACCUGAUUCACGAUGGCUGGGCCUGACGAGUGAAAUGAGCACAGCAACAUUAAAGCAUUGUUCAAAGCUCAGGGCAUUGCUAUUAAUGGCCAGCAGUCAAGGUCAAUUUACUUUCAGUAAGAACCAAAUGGUGUCACUUGACUCUCUCAGAGUAUUGGAUCUCUCUCGAAUUAGGUUAGAUAGCACUUCCAUGGAGAAGCUCUUGAGCUGGAUUUUUUCGCUCCAACGCCUAGCAUAUCUAAAUCUCAGUGGAGCUGUAGGCCUUAAAGAAAUGCCAUCUUCAAUCCGAAAACUUCGUAAUCUCCAUCUUUUGAUAUUAGCCGAAUGCAGUGAUUUAACUAAACUUCAUCCAUCAAUCUCUUAUUUGAAGAAUCUCAUAGUCCUGGACUGCGGAUCUUGUGGUCUCCAAUACCUACCCCAAGGAAUUGGAAACCUCUCUCAACUUCAAGAACUAUCAGGUUUCAGGGUGGUACGUCAAUCCACACCACAAAGUUGUCAUCUCCUAGAGCUAAAACAACUGGUCCAACUAAGAGUACUUCGAAUGAACCUCAGCAAUGAGAGCGAAAUCACUGAAAGUGAAGGGGAGCUCUUAUCAAAGCUUGUGAAACUUAGGGUUCUAGCCAUCGACACUGAAGAUUGUAAAGAUAGAACUAUCCUAGAGAUGCUAGAUCGACUACACCCUCCUCCAAACCUCAAGGAAUUGUAUCUUAGGCGCUACCCUCACAAAAGUUUGCCUAAAUGGAUUAAUCCAACGAAGCUUUCUGUUCUGCAAUAUCUCUGCCUUGAGAAUGGAUCAGCUCUCAAAAGCAUCAAUCCAAGUGCUCAUUCCGAGGAAGAGAUUGCCUUCUCUUGGAACUACCUUGAGGGUUUGUGUUUGAAGUUCUUGCCAUUCUUGGAUGAAGACUGGACUGACUUACAGAAGACCAUGCAGUCAAUACGUUAUGUUGAGGUUAGCAAUUGUUUCAAUUUGAAAAAUUUCCCAUGUCCGGUUAACAAGCCAGGGACCUGGAGGAAGGUUGAAGAUUAAGGAAUCAAGUCCGUGAAUAAAGAAGCAUAUCUUCACCUCCUUGAAAAUCCAAGGGAUUCAUAUUGAUUGGUAAGUGAAGACAAUGAUCCCUCCAUUUGUUGCAUAAUAUCUAAGUUAUUUCACUUUCCCUAUGUGUAUAAUGUGAUUGUUCUGUAAUAUUGUUAAUUUGUUUAUACUAUGUGUAUACUGUCAUUGGUCUGUAAUACUGUUUAAAUUAUCGACACACUUUGUAGUUUAUAUAGUAGAAUUUUGAGUGUGACUUCAACCCAUGUGUGUGAGCUCGGAUCAGGCUUGGGUUCUGGCUCCGGGUUAUAGGCUUGAGUUUGUUUUUUGUCAACUGAUGAUGUACUAGAAUUUGGAUUUAUUAUAAAUUAAUUAUCUGCCCAUAAA